UAUCUCAUUAACCUGUUCAGCUUGGGAGGAAUCAUUAGAAUAAAACCAUAGUGUCCUCUGUAAAGGAAUGGGGAAAUGUGCUGCCAAGGCUUGUCUGUGGCAUUUGCCAUGGACUGGCACAGGGCUUCUGGCUGCUUUUGAGAAUUCCAGCAGCAGGAAUUACAUCCCUUAAACUCACGAGUAUUUCUGCAUGAAUGAGUGCAAACUGUUGAACUUGGGAGUGGUUUCAGAGAAGUUUCGUGGCUGCAUUGCUGUGCCACUUAACCCUUGCUGCUAUUUUCAGUCUGGCUUUUUGUGGGGUAACGUGGCUGCCUGAUUCCUGGGCUAGAGUUAGGUCACUUCCAGCAUUUUAGAAGGGCAGACAGUGCAAACGUGAUACUGCUCAAAUGCACCCAUCCCUGAGUGUUGACAGCUGUUCAUGGGUUGGACAUAAACAGAAAUGUGUGCACAAUAUCCUUGAAAAUAUCCUAGUGUCUGUAACAGCCACUGUUGUAUGAACAAGUUUUUCAGGAAAUCACUGAAGCCAGAUAAAUCUGUAGAAACUGGAAUCUCUGGGCUGAGGAAAUGCCUCUUCAUGGGCCUGAGUGGUUAUUUGUUGUUCUAAAAUGUCUUCUUCUCUCUUUGACAAAGAACUGUCUGGUGAUGAAGGACCAGGGGGAAUUUUAGGUUAAAAAAAGAAUCCAAGAUCUCUUUGAAAGUCAAAUGUAGUAUCAGCAUCAUUCAGCUCUAAGUAAUUCUUUAAAAGAAUUAGUUAAGAAUUGGUUAAGACUUUUUCUUGAGGCAAAUCAUAUUUAAUUAUUGCUUUCAGAGCCCUCAAGAAGCAUAUGCAAGGAGAAUAUCCAUAGUUGCAAUUUGCCAAGGAAAAAACCCCUAUAUUUCCAGACAUAAUCCUCAAGUAGAUACAGUUCAAUAUCUUGUUUUUUAGUCUCUAAGGGAAGUCCAAAAGAGGACAUGAUAUUAAGAUGGUCACAUGUAAGAAGAGUAUAAUGAAAGCCUAUCAUGUGCAACUAUUUCAUUUGGCCCUUGAUAGCAGAACGUGACAGCACUCAAAGAUAAGAAGAAUCUGUUUUGAAAUUGAAUUGCAGUAGCAUUUAUACAUGAUGAAUCAUUUAAAGAAGGUUUAUUAUAGAUUCCAGUUAGUCUUGCCCCUUAGUUAUAAAAAAGAGGACACUUAAAGCUAAAAGAAAACCAUUGUUAAAUCAGGCAGGUAAGAAAAUAGGUUACCUAAACAACAUUUAAUCAAUUCAUAAAAACCUCAUGUCUACAGGUUAUUAUUGAAGCAAAUAAAUUAAUAAUUCUUUAGAAAGAUGUCAGAAUGAGAAUAGUGAAAGUACUUAAAUUAAUUGUGAUUAUAGGAAGAAUUAAUUUUGUUAAAACCAAACUGUAUUAUACAGUUAUUUGUGCUGUGAAAGUCAUUUAUGUUUUCCUCUCAGACAUCAGCAAUAAAUAAUAAUUGGAAGCUGGAUGCUGGAACAAAUGAGAGAGGUGCCAAUAACUUCUUCUGCCCUUUUCUGAGCAUUGUUUUUAAGUAGGCUGACUCCAAAGCUUGCUUGUGAUUCUGAGGUUGAAUCAGACUCCUUAUAGGCUCUUACUGGCUUCAGUUCUGCUUGAGGAAAUCUUAACCACACCUGAAGCCACCUGCUUGGACCAAAAAGUCCACCUCUAAAAGCAGAAAAAGGAAGAAUGGAGAAGAAGAGCAGCCAAAGCCCUCUCUCAGUAAUCAAUACCGAAUUGUCACACCCACAUUCCAGUAUAAUAUGGAUUACAAGAAAGUUGGCAAAUGUAUUAUUAUAAACAACAAGAAUUUUGAAGACAAAACAGGAAUGGGCACACGCAAUGGCACCGACAAAGAUGCUGGAGAUCUUGCUAAGAGCUUUAAAAACUUAGGGUUUGAGGUUUUUACAUACAAUGACCGAAGCCGUGAUGAUAUGGAAAAAUUACUGAAGCAAGCUGCCGAGGAGAACCACAGUGAUGCUGCCUGCUUUGCCUGUAUCCUCCUAAGCCAUGGGGAAGAAGGGCUCAUCUAUGGCACAGAUGGACCCAUGGCUAUCAAGAGUCUGACUGCCCUGUUCAGAGGAGACAAGUGUAAAAGCCUUAUAGGCAAACCCAAACUGUUUUUCAUUCAGGCCUGCAGAGGCUCUGAAUUUGAUGAAGGUAUACAGACUGACUCUGGACCUGCCAAUGACACCCUGGAGACAGAUGCCAACCCGAGAUACAAAAUCCCAGUAGAAGCAGAUUUUCUGUUUGCUUAUUCCACUGUGCCAGGUUAUUACUCCUGGAGAAACCCUGGAAGAGGCUCCUGGUUUGUGCAGUCCUUGUGCUCUGUGCUAAAUGAGCAUGGAAAGCAGCUUGAGAUCAUGCAGAUCCUCACUCGGGUCAAUUACGUGGUGGCCACGAAUUUCGAGUCCCAGUCUGACGAUCCCCGCUUCAGUGAGAAGAAGCAGAUUCCCUGCGUGGUCUCCAUGCUCACUAAGGAACUUUACUUCUGAAAGAGCAUUUUAAUGCAGCCCAUGGUGAAAGGUCAGGGUAUGGUUUUGGGUGGAGAUGUGUCUGUAAACAGGAGUAACACAUUUCUAAUAACAGAAAUGUAAUAAAACUAGAUUGUUAUGUUGUAUAAGAUGGGGUAACUGAUGGAUGGACAAUAUGCAAUACUUUAAAGAAGCUGUGGGCCAGCCUGACAGUUAUUACUAAUUAUUGUAUCUUGGUUUCCAUUAGUGUGACUGUCAUGAUUUAUGGCUGCUGAAGAUUUUAUGAGUCAGCUACCUGACCCAUAAAGUUUUUUUCCCAGAAAGCAGAUUGAAAUUAAGAAUAAAACAAAAAUCUUGAGACUCCUUCUCAUUCACUGCUAUCUCAUGGAACCAUAACUUCCUUGGAAAUUUCCAAAGACCAUCAUAUUAUGGGUAUGUCCAGUAAUAAAACAGUUUGUAGCUAUUUAAAAGGGUGUUUCUUAGUCUAUUAUAUUAAUUUCCUUUUAAUGAACAUUAUUAAUGAAGGCUGAUGGUUGCUCUGCGCUCAAUCUGGAAGUCAGUUUACCUAGGCAUCAUUCUAGCAUAAGAUGAAUGUAUAAAAAUUAGUACUUUAGAUUAUUUACCUGAAAACUACAGAAAUGUAAUAAAUCAAACAAUGACAAUAAAAAUCUUUGUAAAGAAUUGGCAAAUAUUACUUGGAUGAUACCAUAUUAAAGUGCCAUUGUAAAGAUAUUUUGCCUUACAAAUGACAGUUGACUGAGAGAACAAUCUGAAAUGGUGGUAUUGCAGUUCUUCUGCUUGCAGAAAUAAAAAUGUCUGCUUGAUUCAGAACUUUUGAACCAUAAGAAAAUGACAAGGCUUUAUUAUAAAACAUUAAAAUUUAAUGUUGAAAAGAUAGAAUUAUGUGUUCCAGUAACAAUGGAUGUUUAGAUUUACCUUGUAGUUGUGAGGAGUUUUGCCAAAACUGGAAAUGCUUACUUGAAUCAGAAACCAGAAGUGCCUUCUUAGUUACUGUAUGGUCUUGAUUUUGUGUUUUAGAGUUAUGUUGGUGAUGUUUAUAUUUCUACUUUUUAUAUUCACUUUAGUUGGUAGCUAGGUCAAAAAAGUAAGUUUAAUGAUUUGGUUAAACUGAUAAAGAAUUAGUUGUUCACCCUUUUCCCAGUUAAUGUACUCUCCUUGCAAUCUUCUGAGAAAAUAAGUGCAUGGUAUUAAAGCCAAGUUACCAAAUUGUUAGGUUUAUUUUCUUACAAAUACUGUGACAUAAUGAGAUAUAUAUUUUUUUUCAUAAGUCAAAUUUACAGUUGCUUGAAUUAAAUAAAUGGUGCUUUAUGGAUAUAUUGAGCAUGAUAUCAAUAAAGACCUUUUUUAAAAAAUG